AUAAAAUUUAAUUAAAACUAUUCAGUUAAGUGCUUAGAUUUACGCAGCUAUGAGGCAAAUUUUUCUUAUUUUGGUCUUGAUUAUCUGUGUCACAAUUGCUAAAGUUUUUGAAAGAUGCGAAUUCGCCAAAGCAGCCAAAGAAAAUGGCUUCAAUAACUUAAGUAUGUGGACCUGCAUAGCUCAUCAAGAAUCCAGAUUAAAUUCUGAAUCCAGGGAUGGUGAUAAUUAUGGAAUUUUUCAAAUUAGCAGUGAAGCUUGGUGCGGGAGAGGUCACAAAUGUGAAAUUUCUUGUGAAUCAUUGCUAGAUUCUGAUCUCACCAACGACUUUCUUUGUGCGAUGACUAUUUAUAGGACAAGUGGAUUCAAACCAUGGAGUAGCUCAAAGUUUUGCAAUAACCAUUCAGGCAUUUGGUUGAAAAAUUGUAGUUUAUACUAAAAAAAAAAUCUAGGCAAUAAAUAUUUUAUGUUCAAUAAUUUAAAUGAAUAACAAUAUAUUUUUUUAUAUUUAAUGUUCGGGAAUCUGGAAUCUAUAAAUCCUCUUCUGGACUUCAUUGGUGUCGUAAUAGUUUCUUCUGUAGUGGUCAAAAUGGUCAUCUUCAUGAGCGGACGAAUGAAUAUGUUCCUCGGUGUGUUUCGGAGAUUUGAUAAUUUCAAAAGUCGUUUUUUCGUGAUUUUGGGAUACCAAUUUUUUUAAACCAAGGAUCGCGCUUAGGAUCAAUGCCAUUUUUCC